AUGAGCGGGACCGCGCCGCACAGCAACGGCAGCCCUGGGCUAGCACCGCCCCUUCACCUCGUCGACGGCACCUCUCGCCCGUCACCGCCAGCACCUCGCCCGCCGACCCGGACCGACCAGCGUGAGCGCAGGGACAGCAGCUGGCGCGAGGACCAGGCUCAGCUCCAGCACCAGCUUCGUCUCGCCAAGGCCGAGAUCGCCAACCUGCAAGCCAAGCUCGGCGUCCACGCGAGCCAUGCCCCCUUCAACUCGACCUCGCCUCGUCAAUCCCCCUCGCUCGGUGGUCCCGCCCGCAAACCCUCCUUCACCGACCUGUCAGCCUCGACAUCGUCCCUCACCGCCCGCCGACGGUCCAGCUCGAACGCGUCGGCGACGUCGCCUCGCUCGGCGCACUUCCCUCACCAUCCCGGCGCCGCGACGUCGCCCUCGCCGCGCAGCCCGUCGCGCCUGCCCGAGGGCACCGGGCCCGUCGCGAUGAACCGCGCCCUGCUCAGCAGCGAGGGCUCGCCCGGCGCGGGUUCCGGGCGCGCCGCGAACGGCCGCUCGAAGGCGCACUCGGACGAGGCCGACGCGCUCGCCGUCCCGCCCGCACCCGCACCACAGCGCUCGCCCUCGCCCUCUGCGCUCCUCUCGAACGGCCUCCCGAGCGCGUCAGCGUCGGCGAGCCGCUCCUCGGGGCCGAGCUCGAACCCGUUCUUCGGCUCGGGCCGUGCCUCGAGCGAGCGGCUGUCCAAGUCGGCCGCGUCGUCGCAGUCCGGCUCGGGGCGCGUCAUCUCGGGCCUCCAGAGUGACCUCUUGCAGGCGCGCACGGCCCUCGAGAGCACGCGCGGGCAGCUGCGGCUCAGCCAGAGGGCGGUCGAGUUUCUCGGGCGGCAGAACGAGGACCUCAAGGAGACCAAGGACCGCCUGUCGAGCGAGAUCGACGGCCUGAACCGCCAGCUUGCGCGCAAGGAGCGCCUACAGGACGAGGCGCUCACGCGGGCGCGGACGGCCGAGGGCGCGCUCCAGGUGCUCCAGAAGCAGCACUCGGAGCUCGAGCGCGGCGUCAAGGGCCGCAUGAAGGAGCUCGAGGAGGGGGCGAAGAAGGCCGAGGACGCGAAAGUCCAGAGCGAGAGGGAGUACGCCGGCUUGCGGGACGGUCUCAGGACGAUGCAGGAGGGUUGGAAGGACGACUUGCGGUGGAUCCGCGAGGACCUCGCUCGCUCGCAAAAAGAGCUCGAGGUCAAGUCUUCCACGAUCGCGACCCUCCUCGCCUCUCGCGCCUCGCUCGCCGACACCGCCACCUCGUCCCUCUCCUCCCUGCGCUCCGACCAAGCCUCGUUCGCCGAGCAGCACUCCGCGUCGACCUCGUCGGCGCUCAAGCAGCUCACGCUCCUCGCGACCAAAGGCGAGGCCGACUCGCGGCGCGCCGACGAGCUGAGGGCCGAGUUUGGGAGGCUCAAGCGCGCCAUGGCGGAGCAUGCGCAGGAGGGCGAGCGCUCGUGGGAGGGGCCGGAGCGCUCGUGGGAGGGGCCGGAGCGCUCGGAAGGGAGCGAGGAGCGGACAGCAGGGCAGGUCGAGGCGGCGGCAGGGUGA